CUCACUAUAUAAUCUCUCUCCUCACUGCUUUUGUUCUUUUAAAAAACAUUUGAUUUGAUCCGAAACUGAGAUCAAGCUUGUGAUUGAUUUGUAGAGGUGCAAUUAAUUAAUGGCGCUGAAGGCUAGUGCGAGUUUUGUCCCUGGAUUAACCAAAGCAAGCGUAGUUGGGAGUGAAGGCAGCGGGAUUUGGGGAAAUGGGUUGAAUUUGGAAAUAUUUGGUGAGAUCAGUUGGAGAAGUAGGAGGAAGGUUGAGAGAGUGAAGCCAGGGCUCGCAUUCUCUGUUCUCACUUCAUCUGGCGUCGACAGUGAAACCCUGAUAUUUCAGGCCCCAUUAUCAAGGAAAGGGAAGGCAGAUCCAAAGAAUGUUGCUUCCAUCAUAUUGGGCGGAGGUGCUGGAACUCAGCUCUUCCCUCUCACUAGUACUCGAGCUACACCCGCUGUACCGAUUGGAGGAUGCUAUAGGCUUAUUGACAUCCCAAUGAGCAACUGCAUUAACAGUGGCAUAAACAAGAUAUUCAUCAUGACUCAGUUUAACUCUGCGUCUCUUAAUCGCCACAUCUCGCGGACUUACAAUCUUGGCAAUGGUGUCAGCUUUGCAAAUGGAUUUGUUGAGGUAUUGGCAGCUACUCAGACACCCGGUGAAGCUGGAAUGAAUUGGUUCCAAGGAACAGCAGAUGCUGUACGGCAAUUCAGUUGGUUAUUUGAGGAUGGAAAGAAUAAGAACAUUGAGCACAUAAUGAUUUUGUCUGGUGAUCAUCUAUAUCGUAUGGACUACAUGGACUUUUUGCAGAAGCAUAUUGACACUGGUGCUGAUAUUACGGUAUCUUGCGUUCCUGUGGAUGAUAGCCGGGCAUCUGACUACGGAUUGAUGAAGAUUGACAAAGUUGGACGAAUCAUCCAAUUCUCUGAGAAGCCAAAGGGCGUUGAUUUGGAAUCCAUGAAAAUAGAUACCACCAUUCUCAGUUUGUCUCGCCAAGAAACUAUGAAGUAUCCUUACAUUGCUUCAAUGGGUGUAUACAUUUUUAGAAGAGAUGUCCUUCUAAAACUUCUAAGGUGGAAAUAUCCAAAAUCAAACGAUUUUGGUUCAGAAAUCCUUCCUUCAGCUGUUCAGGAGUACAAUGUCCAGGCAUAUUUGUUUAGUGACUACUGGGAGGAUAUUGGAACAAUUAGAUCAUUCUUUGAUGCGAACAUGGCACUCACUGAUCAGCCUCCAAAAUUUCAGUUUUAUGAUCCAAAGACUCCUUUCUUCACAUCACCUCGAUUUCUGCCACCAACGAAAGUAGAAAAAUGCAGGAUUAAGGAUGCAAUUAUAUCACAUGGUUGCUUCUUGCGUGAAUGUAGUGUUGAACGUUCUAUUGUGGGUGUUCGUUCACGUUUAGACCAUGGAGUAGAACUCAAGGAUACUAUGAUGAUGGGUGCUGACAACUAUGAAACUGAAGCAGAAAUUGCGUCUCUUCUGGCUGAGGGUAACGUUCCCAUUGGCGUAGGGAAGAAUACCAAGAUCAGGAAUUGCAUCAUUGACAUGAAUGCUAGAAUCGGGAAGAAUGUGCAUUUAAUAAAUAAAGAUGGGGUUCAAGAAGCAAAUAGAUCAAGUGAAGGUUUCUACAUCCGGUCAGGAAUCACCAUAGUCACAAAGAAUUCUACCGUCAAGAAUGGGACCAUAAUGUAGAAUCGCUUCAAUUACGGUGGGCACGCAAUUGGAACUGUUUGACUGGGAAGAUGUCGCUUAGGUGCGUGCAGUUAGUCUUAUGAUGUAGAUAUGUAGAGCAACAUUUGGAACUGGCUGACUGGGAAGAGGUUGCUUAGGUGUCGAGCAGCGAUGAGGCUGUAUGAAUAAAAUGUGAGUCUUAGCAGUUGAUACCUUACGGGUAGUGAGCUUGCAGUAAUUCGGAGCAUUGUAUGACAGUAUUGUGCAUAUUCUAUGUGCACUGUUUGUGUAGAUAACAACCAUAAGCUAGUUUUGAAGCUUUUCAAUAGGUUUUCUUUGAA